UUGUCAAUUUCUCAAAUUUAUGGAAGAAUAGAACUCUGUUUUUUUGAGUUAUUUCUCGCGCCCUUGUGACCGGCGGCAACGAAAGUCACCCGAAAAUCUCAUCCCGAACUCCAGAAAGUGGAAUCCUCAGUGCCGGAGUGCUCGCCCUCAAGGGAUUCUCCUUCUUAGCCUCUCUCUCAUACUUCAGUAGUUCCUUUGUAGUAAUUGUAGAGCAUUGCAGAACUCUAGCCUAUGGAAACCGAUGAGGCCGAGCGUGUGCUUCCAUUUCAGCUCCAAUUCGACAAGCCUACUGCCUCUCAGGUUAAAAUUGCCGAGUGGAACCCUGAAAAGGAUUUGCUAGCCAUGGUCACGGAAGACUCGAAAAUUUUGCUCCACCGUUUCAACUGGCAGAGGCUGUGGACUAUAUCGCCUGGAAGGUCUAUAAAAUCGUUAUGUUGGAGGCCUGAUGGUAAGGUGAUAGCAGUUGGACUUGAAGAUGGGACAGUUUUAUUGCAUGAUGUUGAAAAUGGAAAGUUGUUGAGAAGCCUAAAGUCUCAUGCAGUUGCUGUGGUUAGUCUAAAUUGGGUGGAGGAUAGCCAGUUGAUUACAGACAAAAAUGAAAUCUUGUCAACUUAUGAAGAUCGCACCCGCCGUAUUUUCCCUCCUGCUCCUACAAUUCCUCGAAUGCCUGGACUUGUCUCUGGAGAUACUGGUUUCAUUGACGACUCUGAAGACUCAUUUACGGAGUUGUCAAAUUCUUCUCAACAGCGGUUUAACAUCUUGUGCAGUGGUGACAAAGAUGGAAGCAUCCGUUUCAGCAUAUUUGGCGUUUUUCCAAUUGGAAAAAUAAACAUACACGAGCUUCAUAUUCCUCUUCAAGAUGCUAGUGCUUCAUGUCACCUUCUGAAUGCUGAAAUUUACAAGGUUGCUUUAUCGAAGGAUUUUUGUCGUUUGGUAGUAAUGUGCUCAGGCGAACUCGUUGGACAUGGGCAUGAUCCAAGAAAAAGACAAAUCACCGUUCAAGGUGUGCAUGGCAUGCAUUCUUUAGUGCUUGAUACUUCAAUCUUUAGGAAGAGGAAAAGUGAGCUGCAUCAGGUAGCUCAACAAGCUUCUAACAUUGGGGAAUUGACUGAGGUAAUAAGGGUAUCAUUAUCAGUAAUGAGUAAGCAGUGGUCUGAUGCCAUGCACGCUUUCCAAGAGAAGUUUGACUCUUUAUCCACGCUGAUAGUUAACCAUGGACUUGACUCAUCUGCCCAGGAGGAGUUUCUUAGCAUUCUAGGUGGUGCACGAACUAGUCCUCCAGUUCACCAAUUUUUAGUUAACUCUCUUGGUGAAGUGGGUGCAAAGCGUGUGUCUAAGGCUAUUUCUGGGGCUGGAAGUGAACUCCAACUUAUUGUUCUAGAUCAUCUUCAGCCUGCUGCAGAAAUCAUUGGAUUUCGAAUGGGCGAACUAUUAGGGAUUUCUAGAUGGCGUGCACGUUUUCAGGGUGUUGGUUUAGAUGAGAAGCUUAUGCACAAUGCUACAGAAAAGGUUGGUACGCUACUGGUGCAAGUUGAACGGUUUAUGAGGGUGCUUUCAACAGUCUUGCAGCAGUUCUCAAACUUCUUUAACUGGCUUAUACGAUGUAUUAAACUACUUAUGUCAGAGCCGAGCGAUCAACUUCUACCUUAUAAUAGUGAGCUUGUUGUCAUUUUCUUGAAGUUUUUAUACAACCAAGAUCCUGUUAAUAAGCUGCUUGAAGCAUCUGAAAACGACAACAAUAUUGAGAUUGACUCGGAACUUGUUGAAAGAGUAAGAGAAUUGGCUCUAUUCGGGGGAUUUGCAGAUUGUGAAUUUUUAAGGAGGACACUUGGUCUGGAAUUUCAGCAGAUGGAAUCUAGUUUUAAGGACGCUUUUCUUAUGCCCUUCAUUACAAUCUCAAGAAAAAUACUUUGUGAAGAUAUAAUAUCCCUAUUCCCGUUUCCAUCCUCGUCAAGUUGCCUGUCUUCACAUGUUCCUCUCUCCGUUUCAUACUACGAGGAUUCCUCUGAAGUUGUUUCUGCCGAUCUGAGUUGUGAGCAGAAGUUUAUAGAUUAUAUAUCUUUCAGAGUCCCAGAUGAUUCUUUUGCAGAAAUUGCAAAUUGUGUAGGCAUAGUCAGAAGAUUCAUUCAUGACCAGAGCUGCUCAAACGAGGACCAUUCCUCAUCUGAAGCAGUCUUAAUAUCUAUUCCUGAUGGUUCUCAGUGUGUUGAUCUUUCUUUAUACAAGGAUGGACAGAUUGUUUUGUUAUUAAAUGAGACUGCUUCUACUUCUGAAAGCUCUGUUGGUUCCUAUAUGAUGGUUGUGCAAGUGGAUGACCUUCCGUUUGUAUCUAUGCCAAGAUCUCCGUGUCUGGACAAUUGGAAGAUCCUUCAACUCAAGGACAACGUUGUCCCUCUGCAAAUGGAGAAUGAGAAAGUUCGCAACAUUUCUCACGCUGUCAUUCCUCCUUUAGCUGUUAGUGCAUCAAGAGGAGUAGCUUGUGUUUUUGCUGCGAGAAAGCGAGCGUUGGUCUACAUCCUAGAGGAAGAUGAGGAUGAAGUAUCAGAUGCUGAGUGAAAUUCAUUUGAUACUCUAAGGUAGUUUUUUCCCCUUAUUUUUUUUAUAGCGAAACGUUGUGCAGGUUUUUAGUAUUGAUGUCUAUAUUUGUCUUGAUUAUAGGCAUUAGGCAAAGCUUCUAUUUUUAUACAUUUAUUAGCAUUUUAGAUUUUCAAUCCAUAUUACUUAUUCAACUCUUCUUUUUUUUCCGCUAGAAAAUAUUUAUUGGCGUUUUAGAUUUUCAAUGUUGUACAAGUACUUUGAUUAAAAGAAAGGAAAGUAAUAUGAACACUUUUGUUAAUAUUUUCGAAUAGAAAUUGUCCAUUACAAUUAAA